CAUUGAUUAAAGAAUACUCUGAAGUACGCUCAAGUCCUAACUCUCAGGAUUGCCUACCAAUCUUCCUUUUCCGCAACCUUGGUUUUCCAUACCCGCGAAAUUAACUCUCUCCGAUUAGUUGAAUUAAAUGCACCCGUUCUGACACGUUAAAAGUUGGCUACAGACAAUUAAAGGCAGUGCUUCUGGCUGGAUGACGUUUGUGCUAUCUGGGCGAUCAUCCAAUUCAAUUCUACCAAGCGCAUUUUAACUGAUAUAACUGGGUUCAAGUAAUGAAAACGAAGAAACUUAUCAAGGAAGCGAUAAACAUAGAAAAGGCGCAGAACCAAUACCAUCCAAGCUGUGUUUCAAUGCUAAAUUCUAUGGUCAGCAACAGGUACCGGAGGCCGGAGGUGAUGACAUCUGCGAAAAUGCCAUGGCUAUGCUAAAAGCUCGUCAAGCGCAGACAAAACAAAAGAAAAAGCGAGUAAUGAUUGACUUGCAUCCGACGGAAAUAUACGUACUAGAAAAAAGUGCUUCGGCCAAGUGCAUCUGUCAUCAUUCACUUUGCGACCUAACCUUUGUGUGGAACGAUCAAACCGGGGAUCAUUGUUGUGGACUAAUACUAAGGCAAACGGCUGCAGGGAAGAGUACCUGGGAAUUUUACGGUUUCAAAUUGAAUGGCUAUAGAACUGCGUUUAUUCACGCGCUCAAAUACGUGUUCAGGAAUUUGGAGUUAUCGAAAGAGCAAAUGCCCGAACCAGAUUCCAAUUUACCUCCUGCGAGCUGCAUGGACAGUGCUGUGGUUGACAAUCUGAUCGAUCUGACGGACAUUAGCACAAAACCUAAUGCGAUCCCCCCAAAGAAUGGCGAGCAACUCUUUCAAGUAAAAAUCCCAACGGGAAGCUUAAUUCUACCGCCCAACCCAACCAGAAUGCGACACAACCAGAUUGCUCAUGUCCUCACUCUAACAACAACGCGUUGGUGGGUUACUGGAGUUCGGGGAUUAGUCCUUCAGAGAGAUCCCGUGGCCCACCUUUUAGCCCAUCAAAUGCAUUUGGACCCAACCGGUUAACCUCGAGAACUACUGAAGGCUGUGACAUAUUCCGAUUCAACUAAACAAUCUCAGCAGCAAAUAGCUGCACGUGGGAAACCCGGAUUGUAGCGGAAUGACAAUCAGUGAUGUGUACUCCUGGACCGAUAGAUAAACUGCGAAAACUCGGAAAUCCGAAGUUGAAGGUUAUGCUCAUCAGUCUAAUGUUUUUGGUUUCUUAUACUAAUAAAAUCUUUGGCGCAAUUUUAUAAACGAUGUCAUGAAUACACAUGUCAUCC